AUGGCAAAUAGAAUCAAUAAGCCUUCCCUCCACCAGCCCGUCCGGCAGACACAGUACAAUUUGCCAGGAACGUCAGUUGGCUUUGAGGUGCACACCUACAACGUAACGGGAGGUGUCCUGCCUCCCAUCAUUAAGCCCACUAAGAAGAGGCGUAGCAAGCUAGAGACAUCUCCAUUUAUUAUCUCUGCAGAGGAGGCAGAUUCCUACCUGGAGAAGAUGGCCAAGGUCCGCAUUGAUACCGAGUUUUCAUUUCAAAGAGACAUGUGCCUUAGUGAGGAUCUGCAAGCGAUACAACAGCGUAGCAGACUGUCCACUUUAUUACGCGAUAGAGAUCAAUAUGACUAUGUUCUAAAAGCCAGAGCUUCCCACUAUGCAGGCACGCACCAUAGAUUGUCAGUCAGCGGACCGGCCUCCAGUCGAAUACAAAUAGUGGACCCCUUAGUUUUGUCAAAAGACCCUAUUGUUGUGUUGGCGGCUCAGGCUACUGCUCCACCAAAGCCAGAGACAGGAUCUUUCUUGCUUCAUUUUCACUCUACGCCAACGGAGCCAGACUUUGAGCAUCGGAGUGUAUCUCUCGGCGACUCGAACCAUAUCGUCUCUCAAAUAAAUGAUCAGAGCAACGCCUCAACCAGUCAACUGCGCUUAAGUGCACUCGAUAAUCCACAAUCUGCUCUUCAUAGCAACGAAUCGGAGGGCAGGUGCUCUUCUGCUGUUUUCCACGACCUCCCAAAGUUGUCCAUACACCAAAGCCCUGCGGCCUCUAUAAGGAUAGGAGAUACAGCUGUAUCCAUCUCUGACAUUGUAGCUGACGCACAAGAGCUAAAGGCUGCACAACUAGUCAGCCCAACGCAUGUAUGCUCUCAACAGCUUCGUACACCCGAUCAGCUUGUAGAUCUUGAUAUACUAUCCUACAAUCCUAACGACGUGCGGGAUCAAAUGUUAUCCCAUUCUCAGUUGCAAGUCAGUAAGGAAGUUAUAGACAGUAGUACCCAGUAUGCGUUAGAGCAGCAGCGGAGGGACCCUGAUCCCCUAGUCGUCAGAGGGUCUUCGGUUCUAGACAAGGACAGAGCUGAAGAUGAAGCUCUGACGCAUAAUAGACAGCGACACAAACAAGUGAUAAACAUAUUUACGCGACAGUUGAGGAACGAGCUUGCUGGAAAAGCCAAGUCAGGAGAAGCGGCACAGAUAGGCGGUUAUCUGCUACAUAGUCUCGACAAGACUAUCAGCACUGAUCAACUCAAACAAGAAGCUGCAAGCCAGAGACUCCUAGUUCUUGGCCCUGUUACAGCUCUGUCUCAAGUACCCGCUAUUCGGCCUCUUCCACCCGCCUCUCGUGCAUCCUCUUCGCUUAUCUACAGAUCCAAAUCCAACCCUGCUGUAAGUAAGCAUUCUGCAUUUAUUUGGCACAGUGAUUACAAGAAGUAA